UCCUUGUUUUUAGCUCGCCCAACAUGCUGCAGCUUACCACACGGAGCAUCCACACGGAUGCUAAGCUUCUAAAGCAGCGCUGCUCCAAACUGGUGGACAGGAUUAUCAGAGUGGAUCAGGCCGGCGAGCUGGGAGCGAACCAAAUCUAUCGCGGUCAGCUGGUAAUUCUCGGUCACACCAAGGCGGGUAAAACGAUCCGGCACAUGUGGGAACAGGAGCGGGCGCACAAGGCCGCCUUCGAUCGGCUCGUCAACGAGUAUCGCGUCCGACCGUCGGCCCUGCAGCCGGUCUGGCGGGUGGCUGGCUUUGCCCUCGGUCUCGGUACCGCACUGCUGGGCGAAAGGGCGGCAAUGGCGUGCACGGUAGCGGUCGAGUCGGUAAUUGUCGAGCACUACAACGAUCAGCUGCGCACGCUGAUGUGCGAUGAGCCGCCCCGCUGCACCGAUAAGGUGCUGCUGGAAACGAUCCGGCGCAUACGGGACGAGGAGCAGGAGCAUCACGAUACCGGGCUGGAGCACGGUGCAGAGCAGGCCCCAUUUUACCGUGCCCUCACGAGCCUCAUCAAAUCGGGAUGCCGCAUGGCGAUCAAGAUUGCGGAGAAGGUGUAAACGCGCGCGCGCCGUGCAAGCUCAAUGGAGGCUCAUAAAGUGUACGUGAUAAUGUAAAACUUCAUUGAUUUGGUUUUAUAGUACUGGAUUAUAGUACAUUCCCUAAGAGUAGUAAAUUUACAGCAACCAACAUGGAAAAAGUUCAAUUAGUUUCUAGCUGAACGAUUAGUUCCAAAGCAUUGCAGUACGAUUUAGCUGCAUCAGUGUGACGAAUGUCGCCGUUUGUUGUGGUCUUCAUCCAACUCCAAUAGAAUCGAAUUUUUCCUUUCCAAAAAUGGAAAGCUUAGCGUAUGGACCUAGUACCAAGCGCUACACGGCGAAUUCCCUCCGUACCUCCCAGGAUGAUCGUAAAAGUGAUAAAUAUAAAACGCGUUCCAGGGUUUGAUGCUCCCAUAAAAGUAAGCCAAUCUACAAACAGCAAGAGAAGGUACGAAAAGUACGCCUAUCAGGCAGCAGCAUCACCAUCAUCAUCCUCGCAUCAUCAUUUUAUUGCACAAGAUUAUCCGAGCACUGGUCCGAUCUUCUCCCUGAAAGCUUUUUGCGGACAAUCGUUCUGGCAAGAUCUACCCGGGCACCAAUGUACAUACAGGCACAGCAACGUGUCAUCUACUCCUUCGUUUUGCAUAUCACCUUCAAUCGCCCAUCGGACGGGCGAUGCUGUAGGCUCCUGACCGAAAAGACGUCAUAAUCUAUUCGGACUAGAACCAAACAGAGAAGAGAGAUGUGGAAAAAACCGACCAAAGAAACAGUUUCGGCUUGUCAUCCUCAUUCUAGCGGGUCGUCUGAGAUGUAUUAGAGUUUAGACAAAAACGGACUAUCUCCAUACAUCAUAGAAGAUCAGGCUCAAACAUCAGGCUCUGGUUGACCACUUGGAUGUCUUGGGCUCUCCAAAAACAUUGAACGCCAUGUAAUCCAUUUCAUACGCUCUUUAACCUCCUUUCUGUUCUUCUGGAUCCAUUCCACCUCGAGAUGGUGUACCUAAAACGAUCCCAUUAAGUCGAGACAGACUUCAAAGAGUUGUUUGAUGGAUUCUUCGUGUUGCUCCAAAGCGAUGUGUUGCUUAGACAGACUAAUAAAUCACAAAACUACUCAAGCUAAUGCUGCACCCAUCCAGUGUGAGGUGAGAUGAUAAGAAUGCGCAUAUCAAAUUCGUGCAAAACUCGUGGGAAAAUCGACCGUCGGCCAUUGAACCCGUUGGCCAGAACCGGGCCGUCCGCCAGCCAGAAUGCGCACUGGGUUCAUGCGUAAGUACAUGCGAACGCGCGUCUCUGGUUAACAGCUUUGGAAAAGGGUUUGCGUGCAUGGGGGUGGUAAGGGGUCAGAAUCGAUUGGAGUGGACGGUACGGCCACGCAU